GUGGCGGGCCCUAGGUCCAGUCGGCGCUGCAACGAUGAGUUGCGGACGUCCUACCAGAACCUCCUGAAGGAGGGAGGCGGAUCCAAGCAGGACCGCUUCCGAGCCAGGGCUUGGCUUGCAAAGGACAAGGCCAAGCAGAAGCAGAGCAACAGCCACCUGGCCAAGGUGAGGCGCAGCCGGCAGAAGAAGACGCAGCAGGCCAAGAAGGCCCACGGACGCACUUCCUUCGGAGACCUCGGCCAUGUUUUGGCCGCCCUGCUGCUCGCGCGCCUGGCCCUUGCGGGCCUGGUGGAGCAGACGUGGGCAAAGCUCACCCCGCGGCUGGAGGCAGCCCUACGGUUCACGCGCACCCACCUCAGCGUCAAGCUUGGCGAGAAGAGCGCCGAGGCCUACAAGCUCCUGGCUUCGACGGCGCUCCCGCGGCGGGCGGCGAUCGUGGCCGCCGUGGAGUACGGGCGCAACUCGGGCAAAGCCAAGGACAUGGUGGAAGCUUUGCUGCAGCCCGGGUGUCCGCGGGAUGCCAUGGACAAGCUCUUCCCGAACCUGCGCAAGGUCAGCACGACACAAAACGUGGACGCUCUGUCCGUGACGAGCCUCCACGUGGCCUCCUACAUGGAGAACGUGCUCUGGAUCCUGAAGAAGGACGUCGAUCUCGAGGAGGGCAAGCUGAUCGGCUCGAAGACUGUGCUCCGAUGCACGCGCGUGUGCUCGGCUGCCAGGCUUCUGGUUCCGCACGUGACGAUCUGGCUCAAGCACCUGGGGUGCCUGGACCCAGAGGCGCACGGCGAGCUGGUGGCUCACGCGAAGGGACACUUGGGGACGAACUCACGGGAGUUCUUCGCCGGGGAGGCCCGCUUCGGCACGGCCGAGAGCCUCGCCGAGGCCGCCGCGGACCCGAUGAACCUCAUCAUCUGGGCCUGCCAGGCGCUGAUCGUCCUCGGCAACGCUGCACUGCUCACUGACGAGGACCUCCCGCUGACGGAAAAGCCCAAGGGGUGGUCUCACUGGAGGUGGACCACCGCCGGCCGCGCGAGCAAGGGCCCGGAAAAGCUCGCCCCCCCAGAGGAAGGGCCCCGCGGCGACGAGGCGCUCGCGGAGAGCGACGACAGCGCCGAGGGC